CCACAAGGUCAAGCCUGACCCUGCUUCCUGGCUGUCUAUCCUGUCAGUGAUCUGAACCAGUGCUUGACAUUACGUACGACGUCCAAAGUCACUUCCCCAGUGCCAACAAUUCCCACGCACAAUGAUGGCUCUGUCCACAGAGUUCAAGGUCAUCAUCGUCGGUGGCGGGCCUGUCGGUCUGCUGGCCGCCCAUGCAUUUUUCAAGGCCGGAAUCGACUUUGUCGUCCUGGAGCGCAGAGACACAGUCAGGUCACACCAAGGCAGCAGCAUCGCCAUCGGUCCUUCAACAACCCGCCUGUUCGACCAGCUUGGUCUUUUUGACGCAACGCGCAGACUCAACCACAAGCUGGGGCGCCGGUGCGCCGUCACAGGCAAGGGCAUGAUGUUCAGCGACGUCGAGUUUUCCACGUGGCUGACGGAAUUCUUUGGCCAUGAGCUCAACUUCAUCCAUCGCAGCGAGUUGCUCGACAUGCUGUACACAACCUUGCCUGAGGAGGCCAAGGCUAAGGUCCUGACCAACAAGCGCAUCUCUGACAUCACUUCGGACGAAGCCAAGGCUGUCGUGACAUGCGAGGACGACACAAGCUACCAAGGCAGCGUUGUUUUGGGUGCUGACGGCGUACACAGCCAGGUCCGUGAGUACAUGCGGACACUUGCGCUCCAGCAAGAUCCCAAGGCCAAGGUGGACGAGGAGAAGCCGUUUCUGUCGACGUAUCGUUGCAUGUUUGGCUAUGGCCCGACGCCCGAGGGCCCCAAAGAGGCUGAACAGUGGGAGUGCCACACCAACGACAAGUGCACACAGCUUUUCGUCGGCCGCGACAAGACGUGGUUCUUUGUAUACGAGAAGAUGGCGAAGCCGACGCGAGAACGGACAACAUACUCUGUCAAGGACAAAGAGCAGUAUGCGGAGCGGCUGGGCGACCUGCUCCUGCAUGAGAAGGUCCGCGUGCGCGACGUCUACAAGACGGCGCAGGAAACCAUCCUCGUCGAUCUCGAGGAGGGGACUGUAAAGAACUUUACCUGGGGCCGUCUCCUGCUCGCAGGCGACGCAGCGAACAAGCAGACACCCAAUGCGGGUAACGGCUUCAACAACGGCGCGCAGGACAUUGCCAUGCUGGUCAACCUGUUGCACGGACUUGUCAGCCAACAGAACCGGGAGAAGAGUGAGGGUGUGAGCAUGGCGGCACUGAGCAAAGCGCUUGGAGAGUACCAGGCGAAACGACGCAAGCUGGGCAAGGAACUCUUUGAGAGAUCUGCGCUCAUGACGCGCAUGUCGACAUUCGACAGCUGGGGGUUGAAGAUGCUCGACCGCUACAUUGUGCCCGGGCUCAAGCUCGACAGGUUCCUGUUUGAGAAGAUGGUGGCGCCUAUAGUGGCCGCGAGCGACAUCUUCACCUUCCUGCCGGAGAACAACCUCAAGCAGGGCAAGUUCCCGUGGAAGAACACGUCGGCGGUCCAAGCCGCAGCGGCGUGAGGAGCAGCCGAGGGAGUCGCUGUCGAUUCUUGUUCCCUAAUGAUGGGGAGCAGGGCAAACAUUUGGAAGAACGAGUGAGCAGAGAUUUUAGAGGCGUCUGAUCCAAUCUGCCUUCUAUAUGCUGGCCGUUGAGGGGGGCAGGAACGGGCGGAGCUGUCAGCUUACAUGAAAGCACUCAAACGGAAGGAGCACGGACGGUAGGAAACAUCUCAAGUCCACCUGCACCACCAACAACCGGACCCCACACAGUCACAGAGUCACACAUGUACAUGGAUGGUGUACACACAUACAGGCCCGGCGCGGCGGACUUCUUUUAGAUAUAUAUCCUGUGUUUUCGGAGCGUCCAUUACAAACCAAACAAUAAAUAGAAUAAUCUCAAUUAAGGGCAUCAUCUUCUGGUGCUGCACAAGCUGCGGCAUAGUCUCUCAGA